CUAUUUAAAGUUUUACGGGGUAACCUAAGACCCAACCUUCCAUGAAUCAUGAUCCGUUUAAUGCGUUACCGAAUGUUCCCCACCAAAACCCCCAGUACUUGCGACUCAAAUGUAAAUGAAACACACCUCCAAAAACGCAACGUGUACACUCACCACUCGAUUGAUGAAAUUCCUUACAGAGACCUCCGCUCCCUCAACUCCCAACUUGCUUCAUACAUCCGCACCAACAAUUUUCUUUCCACAUGGACUCUAUUUUGUCACAUGCAUUGCGCAUGCCUUAACCUUGAUGCUUAUACUUUCACGCCAGUUUUGGGCGCUUGUUCUUCUUUGCCUGGACCAGAACGCGGCAAACAAGUCCAUGGUUUAAUGAUCAAAACUGGUUCAGAUACUGGAACUGUGUCCAAGACUGCGCUGAUGGACAUGUAUUCCAAGUUUGGGUUCUUGAAUGAAUCGGUUAAAGUUUUUGAAGAGAUGGAGUUUAAGGAUGUUGUCACGUGGAAUGCUUUGCUUUCUAGCUUCUUAAGGCACGGUCUUGCUAAGGAAGCGUUUGGUGUUUUUGAGGCAAUGAGAAGGGAAAGAGUUGAGGUUAGUGAGUUUACUUUAACUGCUGUUCUUAAGGCUUGUGCUUCUUUGAAGGCAUUUGAACAAGGGAAACAGGUGCAUAGUUGGGCUGUUGUGUUAGGUCGGGAUAUGGUGGUUUUGGGUACUGCACUUAUUGAUUUCUACUCGGUUGUAGGAUGUAUUAGUGAUGCCAUGAAAGUGUUCUAUAGUUUUGAUGGUAGAGUGGAUGAUGUUAUGAGAAAUUCCUUAAUUUCUGGAUGUGUUCGAAAUAGGAAGUAUGAAGAGGCGUUUUCGAUUAUCAGUACAAUGAGACUAAAUGUGGUUGCACUUACUAGUGCUCUUUCUGCUUGCUCUGAGAAUUCAGAUUUGUGGAUGGGGAAGCAGUUCCACUGUUUGGCUAUUCGUUUUGGGUUUACUUCUUAUACCCAACUAUGCAAUGUCCUGCUAGACAUGUAUGCAAAAUGUGGUAAAAUAUCGGAUGCUGGGUCCCUGUUUGAUAGAAUUUGUCGGAAAGAUGUUGUUUCUUGGACAAGCAUGAUAGAUGCAUACGGCAGUCAUGGGCAUGGGCUUGAAGCUCUUAAAUUGUUCAAAAAGAUGGGUGAAGAAGGAAGUGGGGUUUCGCCAAAUUCUGUGACCUUUCUUGUUAUUUUAUCAGCUUGUGCACAUUCUGGAUUGGUUGAGCAUGGCCGAGAAUGUUUUAAUUUGAUGAGGGAGAAGUAUGGUUUGAAUCCGGGUCCAGAACAUUAUGUCUGCUUCAUAGACACUUUAGGCCGGGCUGGUCAAAUAGAAGAAGUAUGGUGUUUGUUCAAUGAUAUGGUUAAGAAUGGUACCAAGAUCACACCUGCUGUAUGGGCAGCGCUAGUAAAUGCUUGCAGUUAUAGUUUAGAUGUCACAAGGGGAGAGUUUGCAGCAAAGCAUCUCUUAGAAUUAGAGCCAGAUGUGCCUGCGUAUAUCGUGCUGCUUUCAAAUUUCUAUGCAACCAUUGGAAAGUGGGAAACUGCAGAACACUUGAGAAGCAGUAUGAGAAAGAUAGGAUCGCCUAAGGUAGUAGGGAGUAGCUGGGUCAGUUGAAAACUUAUUUAAUGAAUUUGGAUCUUCUCUUGGUGGAUUGUAAUCGAUGAUAUAAUUGUUAUGUUUUUUUUUUAAAUGAUCGGAG